AUGGCCACGCCUACAAUCUCACAGGCCGUUGUUCAAAAUCAUGUCAAUGUGAUUCUACAGAUGACUGAGAUCGUUCUGAAGACCGCAAAUUUGGCAGCUGUGUUGCUCUUUUUCCCCUUGAGGGUAGCAGGCGCAAGAGUAACAACCACUCGGGAGACAGAGUUAAUUUGUGCAAUGCUUGAAGAGAUUUCAAUGAGGGGGUUUGUCGUUGCAGAUGCCUUUACGGCAGAUCUGAAGUCGCUAUGGCGCGAAAAAGAGAUAUAA